GAUUACAUAACUAAUACUACGUAUUAGAGAUUAAUUAAAAAAAUAAUGAUUAAUUUAAAAUGCGUAAAAAAUAUACCACUUUAAUCCUUACUUCAUUUAUUAAUGAUUAAUUUAAAAUGCCUAAAAUAGAUAAGACACCACCAUGGAGCCGGAACCCUUCGACAACAGAGAGGUACUUUAUCUACAGCAUGAGCAUAGGUCCCAGUAUGUAUGGGAUGCACCUGUAUCCUCUAGUAGAAUGGUUUGUACCCGUUUGGGGGAGUCAGCAUGGGAUAUUCUAGAGGUUGUUCCCCCACAUCCUCGUGUCAUAGAUAUACUACGUCGGGGCGGUAUCUACCAGUGCAUCGAGGUUGGUCGGCUAGUGCACGAUAGGGCUCUAGUGACAGCUAUGAUUGAGCGCUGGCGACCGGAGACCCAUAGAUUUCAUCUCCGCAUUGGCGAGGCUACCAUCACCCUGCAGGAUGUCGAGGUGAUUUAUGGUCUACAGAUUGAUAGACAUGCAUUGUAUAGAGUGGAGCCUCCGGAGAUGCUGCCGUAUCGCCAGGAGAUGGCUAGGCUCACUGGUUUCGAGCCUCUGCAGGGGGAUAUGCGUGGACGGAGUCGGUUGUUGCGGUCCUCCCUCCAUGCUCACUUGCGCCUCAUAGAUCUGCAGCAUCCGAUUGGCGAGGCGACGGCACAGGCUGAUGUUGACCGACGUGCUCGCUUAUAUCUUCUCAUCAUAUUCGGGGGCAUCAUGUUCCCAAACAUGUCGGGUGCGGAUAUGAGCAUUAGGUAUCUGCUCUUUAUUGAGGACCUAGAGCAGCUGGAUGUUAUAGUUGGGACGCCGUUGUCCUGGCUUACAUGUACAGAGGAUUUGAUCGAGCUUCUAUGGGCGAGAGGGUUGAGGUCACUGCAUUUAGCCCUCUUCUUCAGAUAUAGGUGUGGACUAGGUUGAGACCUUUUAAGCCCAUAGCUGCUCACCCUCCCGAUGACUAUGUUGCUGAGGAUAUGCCAUACGCACGGAGAUGGUCGCGAGGCUGUACCAGAGGUGUGGAGACGCACCAUGUCAUUCUCCCGUUUAGGGAUCAGUUAGACCGCAUGAUGGCCCCCGAGGCUUUCAUAUGGACGCCAUAUGAUCAGAUUUUGGGUCAGCUGCCGACGUUUUGUAGGGCUGGUGAGCACAUGUGGACUGCACGGUGUCCAUUGAUCCAUAUGGACAUCGUUGAGCAUCACGCACCCGACCGUGUAUUACGGCAGUUUGGGCAUGUGCAGAACAUACCCGCGGCUACACAUUGGGAGCACUACCACUACACCAGGGACGAUCGUUCGAUCGACAGUGCGGCAUGGCGGGCGCGUAUGCACCAGGAAGUCAAUGCAUGGAACGAGAGGAUGACGACUCUAGCGACGGUCGGACAUGACACUCCGGUCCAUGAGUACAUGACUUGGUACAUGCAUAUUACUCGCUCCUUGGUUGCCAACCCCUCGACGCCGCGUCCUGAUGGCCGAGAAUAUGCAUCACUCUCAGGAGCGUACGAGGCGCUGCUACGGAUGACUCUGAUGACACGCCCUGAGAGCAUUUCCCUUACGGAGUCCACCGACCCUGGGAUAGCGACAUAUGCGGCACGGAUAGUUCAUCUUACCGACACUGGUAUGACACAGGCACAUGAGUGGCAUCGUGUCGAUGAGGAUGUACCAGAGGGUGUUCCUGAGGGUGGUAGGGCUGAUAGAGGUGGCCGGGCUGGCAGAGGUAGUCGGGCUGGCAGAGGUGAUCUGGUUGGCGGAGGUGGUCGGGCUGGCAGAGGUUUAGUAGAUGAGCCUGACGAUAUGUCUCGUCAGGCUCCGUCGGCUACAGAUACCCCUUCUUCUUCCAAGUCGUCGACUUCACAGAGACCUGAAUAUACGCCAGAGAUGUUCCCACGUUAUGAUUCUUGGUCAUCAUUUUCGCAGGUGGCAGUUGAUGAUCUACAUAUAGGAGGCGGAGAUGAGGACUUGGAUAUUAUUUUCGAUGACUUCUUUCUCCGUUCUACAGCCGGGCCUUCGGCACCAUCUGCAUCUCCGGCUCUGCGGGCCGCUCAAGAGCCCUCUCACAUGCCAUCUCAGGAGCUCGUCGACACACAGGUUUAUUCUUCUGCGCCUGUGGACUCGUCUCCGCCUGUCCAGAUUGACCCGUCUCCACCUCCAGCUACAGCUCUGGGUAGCUCUCAGGAGACAGUUGAGGAGCCAGCUAAGGAGCCCGUCGACACACAUGUUCAUUCUUCUGCUCCUGUGGUCCAGUCUCCUCCGAUUGAGUCAUCUCCUGAGGCAUCUACAGAGGCUACUCAGGUGGAGACCGCCGCCGUCUCCCACAGGAAGCAUAUUUUCACCUAGGGCCUGAAGAAGGGAAGAAAGGAUGACCAUGGCAUAGAUCAUCCUGUCAUUAAGAGGAGGAGAGAGGGUCCUGGUGAUAGUGAGGGUGGUGGGGUUGGCCUUAGGCAUUAGGAGAUUGUGUAUUUGUAAAUAAAAUGUACAUUUUAUGUUAAUAUUAUAUAU